AUGGCUUUUCAGGCCGAGGACUUCUAUAAUGAUCCUCUGUAUGAAGAGGCAGACCAACACGGGACUAUGAUUCAUAACCCGAAGAAGGUUGCCAUAAUUGGCAGCGGGAUUGCGGGUAUAUCUAUUGCAAAUUCCUUUCCUCCAGACUCGAACAUCGUUUAUACACCACAUGCAACUGUCUUUGAGCGAGAGUCCUAUAUUGGAGGUCGAGCACGCACGGUUAUGACAUACGACAACUACGCAGAGACGGGCCAUGAAAUCGCAGUAGGGGGUGAUGGGUUCGAUUACGAUGACAGAUGGAUCAUUUGGGAUAGCAGAAGUGUAGGAGUAGAUCUCACCAGGCUGAGCGUCCACACCAAUUAUCGGUUGGACAGUGUUGGCGUGUGGGAUGGAGAGCAAUUGAAUUUUGGUAAGCCUGAUGGACGUCCUUCGGAUUCAGAUCUGAUGCGCAUGGCUUGGCGUCGGGGUGAACCUUUAAAUCUCUGGGAAAUGGUUGCCAAUCAAUUACGGGAUAAAGGCCUCAAUGACGAGAAAGACAUCUUGGCAUGGCAUGCAGUCACCACUGCACUGAUUAAUCAAAACAAAUCGCCCAAAAACACGCCAACCGAAGCCGAUUUACGGAAAUUUGCAAAAGACUGGGGGCUCACAUUGCGCCCAAAGAAAAAAGCCGAGGGCGGAAAUGAGCGAUUCCUAAAACGAAUGUUACGUAUGUCUGAAUCGUCUUUGAACCUCAAUUCCACAGUCACUCGUAUCAAAAGAUAUGAAGACCUCACAUUUGAUGUGCACUGGUCAUACAAAGCCCCCAAUGGGACAAUCGAAGAACACAUCGAUCGAUAUGAUGCGGUCAUUAUUGCUGCACCUUUCUAUGAAACCGGAAUUGCGAUUGAGCCCCCUCUUCGCAACCCUCCAGAGAAAGUGGAUUAUACGCACCUCCAUGUCACAAGUUUUAUAUCUCGCUUGCCUUUAGAUCCAGAAACUUUCAAUAUGUCUCCAAGAGAUGAGGUGCCACCGAAUGUAUGGCACAUACCAGAUAUCGAUUUGAACCUAAUCAACGAAAGCUCAAUAUCUUCAAAUUCAAUCUCGCCACCACCCUUCAUCGCCCUGAGGACAAUAGAGGCAACUCAUCGUGAUGGUUAUUUUCCAGAAAUUAAAAACAUAUACCGCAUCAUUUCCGACCAGCCAAUCACCGACGACGAUAUUGCGAAGCUCAUCAUAAGAUCGGGGGUGGCUCGAAGAAAUGUCACAUUUCCGGACCAAAGUUGCUGGCCGUUAACUCCAAGCAGUGAGUCUCUAUAUACGCCUUGGCCCGUCUCUUACGACGGACACGUUAGAAGAGCAGGCUGUGUGAAAGAGCCCGAUGUUCGUUGGAUUCAUCGGCAGUACUGGGACCAUGGCUCGCCCAAGCUAAAUGAUACUGCUCAGAAAAAUAGGAGACAGAAGGAAAUUGCUCCGCGGUUAUUCUACAUUUCAAGCUUUGAGGGAGUCGACGGGGCUUCUAUGUCGCAGAGCAUCAAGCAUGCUCAGUUGUUGAUAAUGGAUUAUCACGCGGCACAUUCUAUAAAUCGUUAA